CUUCCUUCCUUCCUCCCCUCCUUCCCCGGGGCAACGCGGGGCCCUCCGGGCGCCCCCCGUCCCCGCUCCCCCCCGCGCUGCGCGGCGGCGCGUCCCCGCCCCGGGGCCGGUCGGCGGCGAGGGGCGGAGGGUGCGCGGCGGCGGGGCCGGGCGCGCCGCAGGGCAGCGGGGCCGCCAUGCCCGCCAAGUCCAAGUACAACCUGGUGGACGACCGGCACGACCUCCGCAUCCCCCUGCACAACGAGGACGCCUUCCAGCACGGCAUCUGCUUCGAGGCCAAGUACAUAGGCAGCCUGGAUGUGCCGCGGCCCAACAGCAGGGUGGAGAUCGUGACGGCCAUGCGGCGGAUCAGGUAUGAGUUCAAAGCCAAGAACAUCAAGAAGAAGAAGGUGAACCUCGUCGUGUCGGUGGACGGCGUGAGGGUCAUCCUGAAGAAGAAGAAGAAGCUUCUUCCCUUGCAGAAAAAAGAAUGGGCCUGGGAUGAGAACAAAAUGCUCGUCAUGCACGAUCCCAUCUACAGGAUAUUUUACGUGUCCCACGACUCCCAGGACCUCAAGAUCUUCAGCUACAUUGCCAGGGAUGGGUCGAGCAACGUCUUCAGGUGCAACGUCUUCAAAUCCAAGAAGAAGAGCCAAGCCAUGCGCAUCGUCCGCACCGUGGGGCAGGCGUUCGAGGUCUGCCACAAGCUGAGCCUGCAGCACACCCAGCAGAACGCCGACGGGCAGGAGGAUGGAGACAGCGAGAGGAACGGGGACGACCUGGACGUCCCAGCCUGCCGCCUCACCGCCGUGGAGCGGGCGGCCGCCUCGGCGGAGGAGACCGACAUCGACGCUGUGGAGCUGCCGCUGCCCGGGGCCGGCAUCCUCGACUUCAGCCGCGGCGUCACCGACCUGGACGCCGUGGGCAAGGAGGCGAGCGCCGACGCCAAGGGCUGCCUCCACCCCGAGGACAUCCUGACCGCCUCGCCCAAGCUGCUGCUGCCCUCGUCCGCCCCGCUGCCCGACCUGGGCACGCCGCUCUCUGCCCACCACCAAAUGCAGCUCCUGCAGCAGCUCCUGCAGCAGCAGCAGCAGCAGACGCAAGUGGCCGUGGCUCAGGUCCACCUGCUGAAGGACCAGCUGGCCGCGGAGGCGGCGGCGCGGCUGGAGGCGCAGGCGCGCGUGCACCAGCUCCUGCUGCAGAACAAGGACUUGCUGCAGCACAUCUCGCUCCUGGUCAAGCAGGUGCAGGAGCUGGAGCUGAAGCUGGCAGGGAACAACACCACGGGCUCCCAGGACAGCCUGCUGGAGAUCACCUACCGCUCCGGAGCCCUCCCCGUGCUCUGCGACCCGACCACCCCGCAGCCUGAGGACACCCACCUGCCGCAGCUGGGCCCCGGCUCGGGCUUCCCCAGCGCCCUGGGCAGCCCCAUAGGUAGGAACGACUGUCUGGUGAAGCUGGAGUGCUACCGCUUUCUGCCGGGCUCGGGGCCGCACGCCCCGGAGCCGACGCUGGGCAGCUUGGAGCUCCUCAAGUUCCGCGAGUCGGGCAUCGCCUCCGAGUACGAGUCCAACACGGACGAGAGCGAGGAGCGCGACUCCUGGUCCCAGGAGGAACCGCCGCGCCUGCUCAACGUCCAGCCCCGGCAGGACCUGGGCGACAGCCUGGAGGACGAGAUCGCGGUGUAGGGCACGGCGGGAGGUGGCACCGAGCAGCCGGGAGCCCUGGCGGGGCCGGGGCCGGAGGAGGGAGUGCAGGGCCCGAGGGCAGCGAGUGGUGCCCAGGGGAAAUAAAUGGCACCCGGAGACGUGCCAGCUCAGCAGGAGCAGGGCACAGACCUCGUCCUUCCCCAGGCUGUGUCCCUGCUGCCAGCCCCGUUGUCCUGAGCUCAACACCCUCAGCUUCGUGCCAGGCUUGUGCUGCUCCCUGGUCCCCAUGCCUGCCCCCGGGCUGCGUUGAGAGGUCAGAAGUAAGGGAAGCAAAGAGCCCUCAGCACCAUCACAGCCCCGCAGGGCCCUGUCAUGCUGCUGGCAUCGCUGUCAGAGCCCCACGGUGCCCAGCAGCCCCGGACUGCAGCGGUCAGCCCGUGCCUCCUGUGCCAGGUUAGGGGGUGGCGUAAGUGGUGUUCCUGCGGGGGGAGCGGUGAGGCAGGUGGGGGUCUGUGCUGGGGGAAUGAGAGAGCAAGUGUGGGGUGGUGAGCGGGGAUGGGAGGGAGCCAAGAGCCAGUAUGGGGCGGUGAGUGGGGUUUCUGCAUGUGGAGGUGGUGGGAGA